AUGAGUGGCUCCUUCGACCGCAAGCUCAGCAGCAUCCUCACCGACCUCUCCAGCUCGCUCAGCUGCCAUGCGGGCUCCAAAGACUCGCCCACCCUGCCCGAGUCCUCCGUAACCGACCUGGGGUACUACAGCGCGCCCCAGCACGACUACUACUCCGGCCAGCCCUACGGCCAGACGGUGAACCCCUACACCUAUCACCACCAGUUCAAUCUCAACGGGCUCGCGGGCACUGGCGCUUACUCGCCCAAGUCGGAAUAUACGUACGGGGCUUCCUACCGGCAGUACGGAGCUUACCGCGAGCAGCCCCUGCCCGCCCAGGACCCAGUAUCAGUGAAGGAGGAGCCGGAAGCCGAGGUGCGCAUGGUGAAUGGGAAGCCCAAGAAAGUCCGAAAGCCCCGCACCAUCUACUCUAGCUACCAGCUGGCCGCCCUGCAGAGACGCUUCCAGAAGGCCCAGUACCUGGCGCUGCCCGAGCGCGCUGAGCUGGCCGCGCAGUUGGGCCUCACGCAGACACAGGUGAAAAUCUGGUUCCAGAACCGCCGCUCCAAGUUCAAGAAGCUCUACAAGAAUGGGGAGGUGCCCCUGGAGCACAGCCCCAACAACAGCGAUUCCAUGGCCUGUAACUCGCCACCAUCACCUGCCCUCUGGGACACCUCCUCUCACUCUACUCCGGCCCCUGCUCGAAGCCAGCUGCCCCCGCCGCUCCCGUACAGCGCCUCCCCCAGCUACCUGGAUGACCCCACCAACUCCUGGUACCAUGCGCAGAACCUGAGCGGACCCCACUUACAGCAGCAGCCGCCUCAGCAGGCCACCCUGCACCAUGCCUCCCCGGGGCCACCGCCCAACCCUGGGGCUGUGUACUGA